CUAGAUUCUGAAAAAUUUCAGGUUUGCUUCAGAAAUUAGAUCUCCAAAAAUGGCUUCUACUGCCUUCUCAUUCCAAUCAACAUAUCUCAUUUCUCAUUUUCAAAGAUCCAAAGAGUUGCAAUCUUUUGGUGCAACCAACAACCACAUUAAGCCCUACACAGCUACUAGUCUUCAUGUUUCUGAUUUAGCCUCAAAUUCUAAAGCUACUAAACUCUUUUUUGGGUCACUCCAAUCAAGAUCAUCAGCUUCCUUCAAACACACCAUCCUUAAUGCAGCUUCUCUUACUAAUAGUACUUUUCCAAUUGAUGAAGACGAAUUUGAUCUUGAUCGCCCAACCCAUGGCUUUGCUUCCAUUGCAGAUGCCGUUGAAGACAUUCGCAACGGAAAGAUGGUGCUUGUUGUUGAUGACGAAGAUAGAGAAAAUGAAGGAGAUUUGAUAAUGGCAGCACAAGCUGCAACUCCUGAAGCCAUGGCUUUCAUUGUAAAGCAUUGUACUGGAAUUGUUUGUGUAGCCAUGAAAGGUGAAGAUUUGGAGAGGUUGCAAAUUCCACUUAUGGUCAAUGAAAAAGAGAAUGAGGAGAAACUUUGUACCGCUUUUACCAUCACAGUGGAUGCACGAGAAGGUACAACGACGGGAGUGUCAGCGAGCGAUAGGGCAAAAACGAUAUUGGGACUUGCAUCAAGAGAUUCAAAACCAAGUGAUUUUAAGAGGCCAGGGCAUAUAUUUCCACUAAGGUAUAGGGAAGGAGGUGUUUUGAAGAGAGCUGGACAUACUGAAGCAUCUGUUGAUCUUGCUGUGCUUGCUGGACUAGACCCGGUGGGUGUCCUUUGUGAGGUUGUUGAUGAUGAUGGUUCCAUGGCUAGAUUACCCUCUCUUCGACAAUUUGCUGCUCGAGAAAAUUUGAAAAUAAUUUCCAUUGCUGAUUUAAUCAGGUAUAGAAGGAAGAGAGACAGAUUAAUUGAAAGUAGUGGGGUUGGUGGGACUCGUAUGCCAACGAAAUGGGGUCCGUUUCAAGCCUAUUGCUACAGAUCUGUUUUGGAUGGCAUUGAACAUAUUGCAAUGGUUAAGGGUGAAAUGGGUGAGGGGGAAAAUAUUUUGGUUAGAGUGCACUCAGAAUGCUUCACUGGGGAUAUAUUGGGAUCAUCAAGAUGCGACUGUGGAGACCAGCUUGGUUUAGCCAUGCAGUUGAUUGAGGCUGCAGGCAGGGGUGUGUUGGUUUAUCUUCGUGGUCAUGAAGGAAGGGGCAUAGGUUUGGCUCACAAACUCCAAGCUUAUAACUUGCAAGAUGCUGGCCGAGAUACUGUUGAAGCCAACCAGGAUUUGGGACUUCCUGUUGAUUCUCGCGAAUAUGGCAUUGGUGCACAGAUUCUAAGGGAUCUUGGAGUGAGAACAAUGAAGCUAAUGACAAACAACCCAGCAAAGUUCAUAGGGUUGAAGGGGUAUGGCUUAGAAGUUUCAGGUAGAGUUCCUUUGAUAACACCAGUUACAAAAGACAACAAGAGAUACCUUGAGACUAAACGGUCCAAAAUGGGUCACGUCUACAACUUCGAUCUUGGAGUUCGCUUCAGAAAUUUGAUCGAUGACCAUAAAAAAUCGAACGAAAAUGUAGAACCAAGCAACAUUGUGACUUGAUCUAGCAUAAUAUUGUUGAAAUUUAAAGAGAAGGAACAAUUGAUUAUAAAAAGGUGGUGGUGUUGAAAGAGAAAUUAUAGUGUUGGCAAAAUGAAGCCGCUUGUACCACAUUAUUGGGCAUUAUCAUUCUAUUUGAUUCAGUUUGUUGAGUUUAUGAUUUCAAAGCGUUUCAUAUUUGUAGUUCACAAUUUGGUCAUUAAAUUGGAAACAAUUAUUAUGGAACCAAAUAAAAGUAAGAAAUUGUGAAGAGUUUUUCA